UGUCACGUACGGCCGGAAGCGGUCGCAAAUUUGAACAGCCAUCACAGCAACAAUAAACGCGCACUUUCACUUUACGGUAUGUCUGCUGAAUCAAUAUUUUAUGGAAAAUUAAACUAAAAUCAUGCAGGAGAUUUAUGUAAGGUGCACACCAACAGAAGUAGUCCACGCUGAAGCCGGCAGUAUGGAAGAAGAAAUUAAAGAACAAGGAGAUCCUGUGAGCAAUGAAAGGGAGGCCAGUGUAGACAGUCCAGUGAAGAGGGGAAGAGGGAGGCCGCAAGGCUCCAAGAAGCUGAAUGUUUCUGUCACAGAUGUUAACUUAACAGAAACUGAUUCCAACAGCGAGUCCACACAACCACAGAGGGGAAGAGGGCGUCCGAAGCUCUCUGGCACAAAAAAGACAGAGCAGCGGGGAUCGGGAGACGACCAUGCUGACAAUUUGGUGCAAAUUCACAGGGGUCGAGGCCGGCCCAAAGGGUCCAAGAGUCAGGCCAGCGAUGAAGACAGGACAGAGCAUUCUCCUAAGAAAAGAGGCCGGCCACGAAAGUCUGUAACAGAUGAGGAGGCUCCUGCUGAGGACUUACCGAACGGUGGCUCAGAUACGCCAAAAAGGGGACGUCCAAAAGGAUCGGUAAAGCGUAAGUCAGAGAGUUUAACAAGUGGGGAAGACGAUGAAGGCAGCUCUGUAACGCCCAGGAAAAGAGGUCGACCGAAGGGCUCGCUCAAUAAGAAAUCGAGGCUAGAGAGCGAGCUUGGCAUUGUGGGGAUCUUAGAUCUAAAUGAGAGCCUAAACUCAGAGAGAAGAGGACGACUCAGGAAAGUGGUGGUGAAUAACACCUCGGCAGAUUUGUCGAAUGGCAUCUCAAAUACGCCUCUGAGAGGAAGGGGAAGGCCAAGAAAAAGUAUUGAACAAAAUAAACUGGGCACAGAUGGCUCCCAGCCUGUAAAGAGAGGGCGAGGCCGGCCUAAAGGGUCUUUAAACAAGAAACCCCCAGCAUAUAAGGUCCACGGUAGAGUGGGCCGGCCUCGGAAAGUACACAUCCUGCCUGUGAGCGGAAGAAAACGUGGUCAGUCACGACAAAAGCCACCAAACAAAAGGGGGAGGCCGAGGAAGUACCCCCUGCCGUCACCUGAGGAGAAGAAAAAGCCAAAAGUGUGGAAGCCGCUGGGAAGACCAAGGAAAUACCCUCGUGUGGAUCCCCCAGAGGGAUCUCAGCCACCCCCUCGCCGAGCCCGUGGUCGGCCUCGCAAGUCAGAAUCUAAGAAAGGCGCUCAUUUACGCAAGAGUCUGCCUGCCGCUCCAUUCACACCGCACAACCCCAGCGAUGAACCUGCGAGAAAAAGGGGCCGUCCUCCAAGUACUGCAAAAAGCCAAGGCGACGUCCCGCGGAAAAGGGGUCGCCCUAAAGGUUCGGUCAACAAAAAUAAAUCGAGAAGCGAAACCUUCCCCAACCACUCGAAAGCGAUGAGCGGUUCGUCUGCGGUUAGGAUGGAAAGUGAAGCGGAGCUGGCAGAGGAGGAGAUGGAGCACAAUACGGAGACGCCGGCCAUCGAGCACGCAGGCGAUAAGGAAGCAACUGUCAUCGAUCAGGAUGUAAACUUCGAUGUUAGCAGCCAGGCUUGAUGAACGAUCCUGGUGUGACCAAAAAGAAAAGUUGCUGUAGUAAUUGCUGUUUAAAACAUAGAAUCCAUUUAUAUCGACAGAAACAUGUUUUUAACAUUUUGCCAUCAGCUAGGCUAGAUAUCCAGCAGCUCCUCUGUUUUUCUGACUAACUUGUCCAUCUUGUUUUUGUCGUGCUACUUUUUUUUCUUCAAUACUUUUAUUUCUGUCAUCCAAGUAAACACAAGUACUAAUAAUCUUUUACUAAAGCCGGCAUGUGGAAGUGAUUCUCAUAGACCGAUUGUUCCAGUUUACAUUCAGCUUUCAGAUGUAGUGUUAUUUUGUUUUGUUGUUACUGUAAGAAGGACGCCUGGGGAAUAACUUAGAGGCAGGAUGAAAGUCCAAAUAAAUGUUAGGAAGAUGAAAGGGAGGAGAAGAAGAACUAUAAACAGCUUUUGUACGGCAAUGCAGUCUCUCGUUAAGCCUUUCAUCCUAAAGAAAAGAAAUGUUUUCCAGGGAUUUGCUUUCCAUAUUUAUGCCAUAAACUGACACAAAAAUGCAGAGCUAAGCGUGCUUGCUCACACCUCCUACACUGAUACUGCUCUGCUGUCCAAGUCCCACAAAUGACUGACCAAGUUUGAUUGUAAGAUGGGCAGAUUUCAGUUUGUUUCCCCAAAUCUCAUUUAACUGGAUAAAUGUAUGCAGUUAGAUCAAUAUAAAUCUGAUAACAGUGAGCUAUUUGCCAAACAUUUUAAACUUAUUUAUAUACAUAUUUUUCCCCCCUGUUGUGUGCUUGAAGUUGCUGUGACGGAUAUUUUUGUAAAAAGCAGUUUGAAGAUGUGAAAACAAACGUUUAUAGGUGAAAAAUCACCGAAUCUGCAGCUGUACUCGACUUAUAAAGUCUUGCGUUUAACCAAAGUUGUUAACUUUGGCCCAGUCUCACUGCCUGCACCAACGUUAGCAACUAACUUAAUGCAAAGAUGGGUGACAAAUUAAAGACAAGACCCACACAAAGGGUGAUGGGACCAGUAGACUCAAAACCAGUAGGUCCUGGGUUUGAUUCCAUCAUCUGGCUGGGUUUACAUGUUCUCCCUGAGUACUCGUGUUUCUUCCCACAGUCCAAAGCCUUCUCUGCAACCCUGAAUUUGACAAGCAGCCUAGUAAACAGACACCUAGAACGAGAUAAAGGCGUUAGGUCACUAGAACAGCUUUGUUCAGGGGAUCUUUUCCGCUUCAAGUCGCCAGAGUGAAUGUUUGAUUUAUUUCCUGUAAUGAUGUAAUAUUUUUUCCUUACAGUACAAAGUGCGGUGCAUCCUUAUGAAUUCAAAAUCAAAUUUCUUGGAUUAGCUGGACACUUUUGUCCACGCCACUGUGCAUUGUUAUUGACUGUCGUGCAGGCCCUGUGCACCACAGGAACGUUUGAAAGCUGAGCUUUUUCUGCAGGUUUUAGUCUUUUGUCCACAUAUAAAAGGCGUGUCAGCUCCCUGAAAACAGGUUUUAAAAAACCUUCCGGGUAAAUUUUCAGUGAUUCAUGUGGACAUGGAAAACAUUUUUUUUUUCUUGCAAACUCAAAGGUGUUGCACCCUUAUCGCCUGUUUUUUUUAUUACUUUUUUGUGCUCCAUGUUAUUAUUUGCUCAGGCUGGUUAUUAGCCAACAUUUCCAUACAUUUGUGGUUGUAUUUCCACCUGUGUGGAUGUUGUUGUUAGCAGAUUAUACAACAAUCCUUUAAAGGGUCUGCACUUAAUUUCUGAUCAAGGUCAGCGUGUCAUUUCACGCUCAUCUGUGAGCUACUGUGUCAUGAUGUUUUUAAACGAUGCUCGUGUGGAUGGGAUUUAAAACAAAAAACGGAAAAUUCCUGGUUUAAAAAAGUAUCCGAGUACCUCUGGACAUAGCAAUAGCGCACAUCUGUGAAAACAUUUGUUUCUGCACUUUAUUUGGGUUUUUUUCCUUUAAUUUGUCACCCAGUCACUUGUAGCAGCUAACAGGUAAAAGAAAGCAUGUCAUUGGUUUAUAUUUGCAAGGUGGUUAUAAAUCCAGCUCAGAAUGUGCUUGAUGAAUAAAAGUUAUUUGAUAAUGAGUUUCAAUUAAAAUGAUCUUUUUUAAUUUUUUGUCCUUUUUUUGGUCAAACCUAUGAGCUGUAGCAGGUUUCAGCCACUUUCUUGUAAUCUAUAUGAAAUUAUUCAAACAGAAAUGCUUAAUAAAGCAGAAACUAUUAGGUAAGAUUGAAUUAUUAGCCAUUUGUCUCAUUGCAAAAAAGCAAAUGUUGAUGUUGUUUUAAAGAUUUCUUUAUUUUCUUGUUAUUUAUUUGAAGUUUUAUUAAACCAGGAAAACCUUACUGAAAACUUCUCAAGCAUGGCCCUGUGUAUCCGAGAGGAGAGUUUACAGCCUCUGGAGGUUACUAAUGUUUGAAAUGAUGUCAUGAUUUGUCCUCUACGCAGGUCCACGGUCGACGGUAGCUUCAUCUUUCUUUUGCCUUAAUCGCUAAAGCUUUGAAUGUACCAUCCCGUGCAUUCCUCCUCUACAUGUACCAUUUUAAGCCUUUUUUACUUUCCUCUUGUUGCAGAUAUCAUUUCACUAAUUUUUCAAAAUGUUAGUGUAGCUGUGAAGCCUUUACUUUUUUUUUUGUUUAAUCUUUUUAACUGUCAUGAGAUCAAAAUCCAGCUGUUGGGUUGGUUUCACGGACACUGCCUGACUUAUUUUGGACGACCUUGUAUAAAGCUGUGUGACAUGUACACCGUUCAUACUGAUUCUGUUUGGGUCAAAUAAGAAUUGAAGUUUCUAAAUGCUGGAUUGUGCUUUUCGUGAAUCAUGGAGAAUGAAGGAGGUUAAAAAGAAAAAAAAAAAACACAUCCCAGUAAUAUUUGACCUGCCUUUGUGAAGUCGAAUCAUUUCAAGUGGAAAUUUGCAUUUUGUGUGUGUGUGUGUGUUUUAAACAAGAAGCCAAUAAUUUGUGAGAUUAUGGUCGAGUUUAAAAUAAAAAUGUUGAUCUUGCCGUUUUAUUUCCCAAA